AUGACGUCAGGCGGCCAGCGCCUCGCCACAGGCCAUCCGGGCCAGACCGCUCUCACGGUGCACACGGCGCACAUAGCGCACACAGCACAUACCGGCUGCAACUGCCCACCACCUGAUUCGCCCUGCACCUGGCCUGCCUGGCUGAGCUUUCUGGCUGCCUCCGUCUGCGCGCGCCUGAGAUCGCCCGUUUUCGGGACAUUUUUCGAGACGAGGAGAGGGGAAAAAGAAAAUCUUUCGGCGCCACGCCUUGUCAGCGCUAGUUAUAAAUACCAGCGCCGAAACCACGCACCACACAUCAAAACACCCAACAACCCCCAUUUCCAUCUAAACUUGAACCUCUUGACCUUUUCCGCCAUGGCGCACCGCCGUAGCGACGACUCGUAUGCACAAGACGCAUACUACCAUCGUAAUCCGACCUCCUGGGAACCUACUGAACCUGCUGGCCCUCCCCCGCGCCGCAGCAAAUCAGAGCGCAAACCUGCCCGCCCCAGCCCAGAUGACAGAGGCGCGUCCCGCAGGCAUCGUGAAGAGGAUGCUCCCCGAGGUUCCUCUCACAGACAGGGCGAUGCACGUCGUCCGCAGUCGCCCCCACCACCUUACCACUACGAGGACCGGCGAGGCGGAGAUUCGCGCCACGACCCCAGAAUCACCAGAGACGCAAGAGAUUCCAGAGAUGCAAGAGACUCGAGAGACCCCAGAGAGGUUAGAGACCCCAGAGGCUCGAGAGAUCUCAGAGACGCAAGAGAUGUGAGGGAUUCGCGCUCCACCCGUCCCGAACCGCCGCGUGGCGAUCGCCACGAGGACCCCCACCGCCACCAACGCAACAAGACAGCAGAGGACCCUGGCCGGUACAGACGGUCCUCGCCAGACCACAGGAGCAGCAAAGAAUACCUCCCGCGCGAUGAUCGAGACCAGGCCAGACGCGGAGGUGCAGCCUACACCAAGAGCCGCGGACGAGAUCCGUCGCCCAGCCACGCCGGCCGCCCCAAGACACGCAGCUCUACCGACGACGUCGGCCGCGACCGCCACAUCGGCCACAGCUCGCGUGCGCAGGGCAAGGACAAGCCCUCCAGCAGAGACCUCGCCACCACAGACCCCCCCCGCGGCCGCGACAAGCACGCCAGCAGCGGCACGCGCGGCGUUGGUGUUGGCGGAAUCGCCGCCAAGGUCCGCAGUUCGACCAUGCCCGCCGCAGAGAAAGCCGCGGGCUGGUGGAAGAACCCGGCCAUCCAGGCCAGCGCGCGCACCGCGCUGACGGCCGGCGCCGCCGCGGCCAUGAACAACCGCGGGGCCAAGGGCGAAUGGAUCGGCGCCAAGGGGGUCAAGGUCGGCUUCGCCGCCCUCAGCGCCGCGCUCGCGAGCGGUGGCCUGGACAGCGUCAAAAGGGAUGACGGCGGGAGCGGCGGUGGGGGACGCGAUCGGGACCGCGGCCGGAGCAGCAGCCGGGACCGUGGCCGAGGUCGUAGUGCCGAGCGCGGCAAAGACAAGAGCAGUGGCCGCAGCAAAAGUGAGGGCCUAGGUGGUGGCGAUUACAAGCAGAAGAUUAUGCAGACGGGCCUGGACUAUUUCAUGAAGAAGGCAGCCGCGGGGCGAUAG